GCGAGAGUUGGAACCGUGUAUCUGGUUGGCCUGGCGACGGUGGCGCAAACGCAUCGUAGGUACACGCGCCGCGUAGGAGGCGGGCUAAUGCUGUCUGGCCUGACUGCAAGUUGCUUCAGCGACUCGUGUUGAUUCCGUGGUGGUCACGUUGCGGUUGUGAUGUUUGAAUCUACUGUUUUGAAGUGAACCAUAAAGCGAUGGCGCAGGCUGUGGAAGAGACAGUGACGGCUAAAAUUUACCCUACACUCGAUGAGUCUCCACAGCUUAGAGAAGCCCUUGACAACAGAAGCAAAACAGUUGAAGAAGUCCUAGAAACUCUGAGACAGGGAACUGAGUUAUGGAAAAUACGUUCUCUGGAUAAGUGGUUCCGUCGGAAAUAUUACCUGGAUGAAAAGAAAGGGACUAUAUGUUACGAACCAACUCGUAAAUCACCAUGUCGUUCCCCAAAUCCUGAAAUCGAGGUGGAGGACAUCCUGGACGUGCGGAAGGGCUGGAAGACGGACACCUUCAACAAGAUAGCCCGCCAGGUGGAGAAGAAGCUGACAAAGCACCCGGACAGCAAGCCGGCCGUGGACGAGGCGUCGUGCUUCUCCAUCGUGCACGGCCGCUCCAAGCACAGCGUGGACCUGGUGGCCCCCGACCCCACCGUGGCCGACCACUGGGUGCGGGGCAUCAACCACCUCAUCACGGUGCUCAGGAGUCUGCACCAGGAGCAGAGGUUUGAGAGGUGGUUGAAACAGCAGUUUGAUGAUGCAGAUACAGAUAAAAAUGGUAUUUUGACAUUUGAAGAAUGCUUGAAGCUACUGAAUCAACUAAACAUAAAAAUUCCAAAAUCUUUAGUGAGGAGGAUGUUUCAGGAAGCAAAUACAAACAAAAACCAAAGAAAUGGUCAGGAUGUAUUGGACUCGGAGGAAUUUGUGGAAUUUUGUAUGAAUUUGAUGUCGAGACCAGAAAUCAAGCAAAUUUUCCAAUGGUAUGCGAAAAGCAGCGGUGAAAUGGAAGUUGAAGAGUUGCAUCAGUUUCUGGUGAAGGAGCAGCGCUGUCUCAAGUUUUCGAAAGAGGCGUGCCUCACGCUGAUCGAAGCCUUUGAGCAGUCUCCCACGAAGGACAGUGGAAGUAUAUCUCCAAUGGGUUUCACCAACUUGCUUCUGUCCGAGCAGUUUGAGAUCUUCAGCUCGGAGCAUCGCGUCGUGUACCAGGACAUGACGCAGCCUUUGGCGCACUACUUCAUUGCUUCCUCCCACAACACGUACCUGACCGGGGGACAGCUCAGCGGGGAGAGCAGCGUGGAAGGCUACAUCGAUGCCUUGAAGAGGGGCUGCAGAUGUGUUGAACUUGAUUUGUGGGAUGGUGCGGACGGAGAACCGAUCGUCUACCACGGCUACACGCUCACCACCAAGAUACUCUUCAAAGACAUACUCGUCGACGCCAUCAAGCCGUACUCGUUCUACUCCUCCGAGUACCCCGUCAUCUUGUCCCUGGAGAACCACUGCUCCGAGGCACAGCAGGAGGUCGUGGCCAGAUACUUUGUCGAGGUUUUGGGAGAGCUGUUGUACACUGAUGAAGUCAGUGAGAACGUUGUCAGCCUGCCUUCCCCACAUGACCUCAAAGGAAAGAUCAUCAUAAAAGCUAAGAAACUGAAGCCUGGGCAGCGGAGUGAUGAUUCAAGCUCGGAAGAAGAGGACUCAGAGUCCGAGGCGGAACCAGUUUCAAAGCAAGCGCCUGGGGAGUUGGCCAAGGAAGGGAAAGUAGUAGCUGAAGGUUUGGCUAAUCUCGUCAACAUUUGUGAAGCAAAACAUUUUCACGAUUUUGAAACAUCAAGAUUGAAAGGCAAGUACUACCACAUGUCGUCGUUCUCGGAAGCGAAAGCGAACAAGCUGGUGGCGAGCUGCGGGGCAGAGUUCGUGGAGUACAACACGAGGCAGCUCAGCAGGAUAUACCCGUCCGCAAAGAGGACCGGCUCCUCCAACUUCAAACCCACGGGCUUCUGGAAUGCUGGCUGCCAGCUGGUGGCACUGAAUUAUCAAAGUUCGAAGAAACCUAUGUUCUUGAACGAAGCAAAGUUCCGCCAGAAUGGUGGGUGUGGCUACGUAUUGAAGCCAGAGUUGUUGCGAGACCCAACUUUGCAUUUUGACCCUAAUGCAUUUCCAGACAAACUCUAUCAGAGAACAUUGAUUUUGGAAAUAAUCAGUGGUCAACAUAUUCCGAAACCAGAGCAAGGUUCUGACAGCGACAUUGUCGACCCUUACGUGAAGGUUAAAAUAAUUGGCCAUCGUGAAGACAACCAAACACUGAAGACACACGUUGUGAAAGAUAAUGGGUUCAACCCAAGGUGGGAUUUCGAAAUGAGGUUCGAUGUGAAACUACCAGAACUGGCGAUGGUACAUUUCAUCGUCAAGGACGACAGCAAAGAUGUUACGCUUGGCACUUAUGCUCUUCCAUUUGACAGCCUUGCAUUAGGUUACAGACAUGUUUUCCUGAUGGACUACACAAGAGACUUUGUUUCCCCAGCGUCACUUUUUGUCCACGUAACGGUAGAGUGACGUAACUGCCGCUGUUAGCUUGUAACGGUCGUUAAUGUCUACGUAGUGGUGCUUGUGGCGUGAAGUCCAUGUACACGGAGAACUCGCGGCUUUGGGUCACAUGACUUGUGUGACUGCAGAAUGGCAGCUGUCAAUCCCCACAAAUAAUUGUGCUUGGUCAUACGCUGUCUAUGUUGGUAAGCUUUUUUGUUAGUGAUGCUCUGAUGAGCAGUGGAUAGUUUUUUUUUUUGCUGAAAGUCAUACUAGUAUUAUAGUAAAACAUACAAUAAAAACCUUGAUUUUGGUACUGUUUUCAGACCAGAAAAAAAAUGUUGCUUUAGUAGGAUAUGUUGGUACAGAAAUUUUGCAAAAACAAAAAAAAAAAUCCCCUAAAGAAUGAAAUCAAAAGGUUAUAAUGAAAGUGUUUUACUGUAUUUGAUUGAUAAUGUAUCAAAACCAGGCUGCUAUUUUUUUUGUAGAGAAUAUUGAGUUGUUAAGUGUUUUUUUUUCUUUCUCAGCAAUGAAAAUAGAUCUGAAUCUGUUUUCAGGAAAAAAGAGUGAAAACUUGUUAUGUCAUAUAGACUUGUUUAUUGUAGAGGUAACAAAUGUAGAAAAUAUUACAUAUAUAUAAAUAUUUUAAUCAUAAAAAAGAACAAAACUAUUUUUUAGAUUAUAUUAUGUACGCUAUUGAUAGAGCCAUCAUGGUAUUAUAAUUAUUUUAUUUUUUUUACAAAGUUAUACAUUACAAAAUAAUUUUAAUGUAAAUAAUAACCUGAUAUUAGAUAUAAAGUAAUUUUGUACAAAAAAUAAACUCGGCAAAAAAAGACAUUUUGAUAUUUCAUCAUUUUAUUUAGACAGAUUUUAAAAUAUUUGCCUUGUGCUUUUUUUUCCACCAAGAAAAUUGAAUCACGGUUGGAAAGAUUGUAACAGCUUGAAGUGGAAACAGCUAGCAUCUAAAUAUCAUACUGCCUAUAUCCAAAUAUAACCCACAUUAAAACAUCAAUAUGUCUAGGCAUUUUUGCAUGUUGAAGGUCUUAAAUGUGAAUUCAAAGUUGCCUACCGACCUGUGGUGUUGAAAUUUUGGAAAUAUUUUAUAUGUCCAUUUUGGAAGUCUUCUAAACAUUUAGCUUUUGAGCCUGGCUUUGAAUAUCAUUUAAGAAACAUUACGCUUACGUAUAUCUUGUAUGUAUAGUGCCAGUUUAUUCAAUGCUUGCUAUGUGUAUGUGUGUGUAAAAGUGGCUAAAACUGGUAUUUAAAAUAUUCGUGUUUAUAAAAGAAUAAGUUUCUUGGUUUAAAUUUUUACCAAGUUAAUGCUUACAUAUGGCUGUAUUCUAGUGAGCUGACUACACAAGUGAGAUUUGUAAAACAUCCUGUAUAGCACAAAGUAGGUACUGCAUUAUGGUAUAAUGGGUACUGCAUUAUGGUAUAAUGAUGCAAUGGAGAAAUGAUUUGCCAAAGUUGUUUGUAAGUUUAUUACUGUUGCAGCAUUUUUAUUUUUGUAGCAAUAAUCAAUAUAUUAACAGUUUUGUACAGUUAAGUAUGUUUUUACUUUGGAACCUACCUCAUUUAUUGUUUGCACAAGGUUGUAUUAGAUUUAGAGCCCAAAAGGAAAAAAAAAAUUGUAAUAAACAAAUCUAGAAGAUAUUGCUUCAUGGUAAUCAAUAUUUUAAAUAAAAAUCUCAUGUAAUUGAAUAAUAUUUUGGUUAGGGAUUUUUCUUUCUGUUUUAGGAAAGAUAGUCACUUACAAACAAGUAACUCCCAGUUGAAAAUAAUAAGGGUGACUAUGCUUUCAUUUUGGGAUGAAAUAAAAAAACAAAUUAAAUCUUGUUUUGAAACAAGCUUUUGGGAUAAAUUAUGCCAACAGUAUUAAUUGAAUACAAUAAGAGUAAUUGAUGUUACAAUCAUUAGCAUAAAUAAUAAGUUUCAUUAUAUUUCCAAGUUCUUUUAUUCUGGAUCAUAUAUGUAACAUUUAUUAAUAUGGCUUUUAACUCUUGGCCAGUUAUUAAAUAUAGAAUAUACUUUUAAGUAACAGUUGUCAAACAAUAAAUCAUAUUGUAAUAAAUAAA